AUGGACCUCAAGCCAGCUGAAGUAACAAGAGUGGCCAGAAUAUCCAGCAUCUUUGACCAUAAGACUAGAGCUAACCACCCGCCAACUCUAAGCAUGGUGAUUGAAGCUCUGAAGGCCCAAAAUGAGAAAAAGGGCACUUCUGUCAUAGCCAUCAAGCGCUACAUCCUUGCCAAGUACCCAGCUGUUGACCCAAUAAGGCUAAAAUAUCUGCUGAAGAAGGCCCUGACUAAAGGUCUUGACCAUGGCUACCUGAUCAGACCCCAGAACUCUUUGGCAUUAGGGGCAACUGGAAGGUUCAAGCUAGCAUCAGAAAAGCCCAAGCUUAAAAAAACCUCUAGGAACAUGGAUCCAGCUGGAGAAAAGGCUCCUAAAUCAGAAAAGAAGGUGGCAAGGAAACCCAAAGCCAAGGAGACUGCUGACAAAAAAGCAGGAAGUAAAGAUGUGAAGGAGGAGAAACCAAAACCUGUGAGCAAGAAACCCAAGGCAAAAUCCACUAAUGCCCAGCCCAAAGCUCCUGCUAAGCUGAAGACACCCAGUGAUGCUCGAAACAUUGUGAAAGGUGACAAGAAACCAAGUACAAAACAGGCACCUCAAGCCAGGGCAGCUGGGCCCAAGAAAGCCACCUCCAAAGGGAAGCCCGUCUCAGAAGCAGAUGGUGCCUCCAAAGGAGAGGCAGAGCAUGGAGACAAGAUCAGCACUUCCAAAGCCAAGGGGGCAGCUCCUGGGGCCACGGGGGCUGCAAAAGCAAAGGUGACUAAAGGUGGAAAUGGGCCGGCCAAAGCAAAGGCCGCUGGUGGGACAAAGAAAACCACUGCCAAAGGGAAGCCUGAGGCAAAGGGCCCUGUGAAAGGCAAGGGGAAGAAACCUGAGGCAGCCACAGGCUCUCUGCUCAGCAAAGAGAAGGAUGCAGGAGAAGGUAAAGCCUCUAAAACCGGCAGCAAGCUUAGCAAGAAAGCAAACUAG